AUGAAUAUUAUUAAAAAUAUCUAAAAGUUUAUUCGAUUACAUAAAGAAUUGAUUCUCAUCUAUUAUUAUUUGCUUAAGAGAUCAAAAUUAAUGCCAUAUUUUUUAGGAAUUUGUAUUGAUUUCUGUUUAUUUGAGUAUCCUUGUUUGUAAUUGUUAAAUUAUUAUUGAUAACAAAUCCUAGAGUAAAAAGAAACAUAACAGGUAAGUAUUGAAAAAAUUCAUGCGUAAUAGUGACAGGAGGAUCUGAUUGUCUUGGAAAAGAAUAUGUAUCCAAUUAGCUAAAUAAGGAUUCAAUAUUUUGAGAGUGACAAAAAAGAAUGAACUCUAUAAAUUAUUAAAACAUUUUCAAGUCGAAACCAUAAUAAUAAUUGCGGAUUUUACUUAAAAUCCUUCAAUAGAAUUUAUGAAAGAUUUAACUUUGAAUUAAGAUAUUUAGAUACUUCAACUUUGGUAAAUGAUGCCGAAUAUUAAUAAAAUUUAGAAUUUAGAUGGAAUAAAUAUGUUGUUAACAUAAUUGUCUUAUUCAUUUUCUAAGGUUUAUUCUUGUAUAGCUUGUGCAUUUAUUAAUUUAUUAUGGUAUAAUGAUAAUCAAUCUUCUUCAGAGUAUAAUUGUAUAUGUGAAUUCAGCAUUUAAGCCAAAAGAAAUAAACCUGGUGAGUGA